UUUAAUACGUUUCAGAUUCAAUUGAAAAGAAAAUCAUUGUACUUUUUAUUAAUGUUUACAGUGUUCAUUUUUCUUUUACCGUAUUAGCACAAGGAUACAGUUCAGUUUAAUUCUUCAGAUUGUGAGGAAAGUUACCCAAAUAUAAGUGGUGACAUACAAAUCAACGUUGUCCCGCCAUCUUUUUUGAAAAUCGAACUAGAUAAUGAAUACUGAUAGUCGUGGAAGACUAAUUAAAGAGGAGGAAUGUAAUGCAGCCCAAAUAAUCACCUCAAAGUAUAAAUCAGAGCCAAAACAAGUCAAAAGUGAAGAUGUCAUUGAUGUUGUUAAUCAUGAUUUGAAAUGUGAAAGGUACUUGGAAGAAGUAAAAGAAGCCUCACAUUGUGAGGUGUGCGGAGAAGGUUUGCUUAGUCCAACUGAUUUCUUCAGCCCUGAUUAUUCAAAAUUUUGUUUUAACUGUCAAUGCCAGAACGGGCCUGAUGCUAUGCAAGGCGAAGAUAUGACAUUGGAUUUGAAACAACUUACUUCAGAUUUUGGAACCUCUCUUUUUAGAACCCAAGAAGAAACAAUUAUUGGGAAGGAAGAGAAGGAAACUGAGGAAAUCACUGAAACACUCAGUUUUGGACAUUAUUCGAAUUCAGUCAAAGAGAGUAGAAUUCAUGAGGAAAACGAAGACCAGUCAAACAAUUUGAAUGAAAGAACUGAUGUGAAAUCUUUUGAAAAUAUGUCUUCAGGGAAGAUGCCACUUCAUCAUAAAAUUUUCAAAAGUAGCAUGAAAUUACAUGAAAAAAUAACCACAGGCCACAAAUCAUUUCAGUGUAGAAUAUGCUCUGAAUAUUUCAUUCAAAAAAAAUAUUUGAAAACACAUGAAAAAAUUCAUGGUGAAAAACUGUUUCACUGUAAAAUCUGCUCCAAAUCAUACAAACAAUGUAGUACUUUGAAUCGACAUGAAAAAAUGCAUACUGGAGAGAAACAGUUUCAGUGUAAAUUCUGCUCUAAUGCAUUCUUUCGCAAAGGUGAUUUGGAAAGACAUGAAAAAAUUCAUACUGGCGAAAAACCGUUUCGUUGUAUAAUCUGCUCCAAAUCUUUUGUUCAAAAAAAUAAUUUGAAAUUGCAUGAAAAAAUUCAUACUGGUGAAAACCCGUUUCAGUGUAAUAUUUGCUCCAAGUCAUUCAGUUACUAUGUCAAUUUAAAAAGACAUAAAAACAUUCAUACUGGUUUAAAACCAUUUCAGUGUAAAAUCUGCUCCAAAUCUUUUGCUCAAAAAAAUUAUUUGAAAUUGCAUGAAAAAAUUCAUGCUAGUGAAAACCCGUUUCAGUGUAACAUCUGCUUCAAAUCAUUCAAUUACUGUGAUUCUUUGAAAAGACAUACAAAAAUUCAUACUGGCGAAAAACCAUUUCAGUGUAAAAUCUGUUCCAAGUUAUACUAUCACGAAAGUAAUUUAAGAAGACAUGAAAAAAUUCAUACUGGCGAAAAACCGUUUCAGUGUAAAAUCUGCUCAAAAUCUUUUGUUUACAUAAUUGAGUUACUGUAUAUGAUGAACUGUUUCUUACUCGGUUCUUUAGAGCCAAAAAACAUUACAUAUGCCCAGUUUGAAUUACUAGGACUUGAUUUGCGAAGGCAAGGGCGCAGGACGGUUCUUGAUAUUUUAUAG